AUGGACAGGCAUGAUGUCGACCACGCCGCCGAUGGCACUCUUCCCAAGCAACAAACAACCGAUACCCACAGCGACAAGCCCUCCGCGAAACACGACCAACAUCUAUCCGCCAAACGCCCAAUGCUUCCCUUUGCAGCAGACGCCACACACGAUCCCGAAGACCCAUUGCGCAACUCGAACUUUGCCAACAGCGAAAAGUACGACUCACACUCCGACAGCGACACUCACGUAGGCGAUGUUUCCGACGUGCAAAAUGCUAGCAAGCGACCGAAUAAUGCAGAAACUACGGGACAGAAGAAGCUCACAACAUCACAAGCCGUCAUCAUCUUUGUAACGAAUGAAGUUGGUAUUGGUAUGCUGUCACUGCCAUCUGCCUUGAACGUGCUUGGCUUCUUCCCUGGCCUUCUGUGCAUCAUAGUCAUGGGCAUGUUGAGUCUGUACACCGCAUACAACCUGAUUCAAUACUGGCGAAAAUACCCUUACAUGCUCAACAUUGUCGACUACGGCCGGGUGCUCGGUGGACCCUGGGUCGAAGGCAUCUUUGCCGUCGGCUUUUUGAUCAACAUGGCGCUCAUCAGUGCCAGUGCAUUACUCACAUUAACCAUAGGAUUGAACACGAUUCAUUCAACUUGUACUGUUGUGUACACAGUCGUUGCCGCAAUCGCCAUGUGGGCCAUGUGCGUACCGCACAGCAUGCGCUUUGUCUCAUGGGCAUCAUGGCCCUGCACCGCCUCUAUCAUCGCCACUGUCCUUAUCGUCAUGAUCACACUCGGCGUCCAAGGACCACGAAACCCAGAGGCAUCGCUGAACCUCAAGGUCAUCGGUGACCCCACGUUCACGCAAGCUGUCUCUGCUUUCCUCAACAUUGCUUUUGCGUAUACCGGUAACCAAGCAUUUCCCACUGUGUUGGCUGAAAUGGAGAAUCCUUCCCGCGACUUCCCUCGAGCUGUCACAAUUGAGAAGUGCAUCACAACGACCAUUUACGUCAUCGUUGCAUCCGUCGUAUACGCGCUUUCGGGAGAGCAAGUCGCAUCUCCAGCCAUCGGCUCGCUUCAAACCACCAUGGCGAAGGUCUCGUAUGCCGUCUCAUUCAUCGGCCUUCUCGGCACCGGUCUCAUCUUUGGAAUGACAUCUGCGCGAUACCUCCAUGUCUUCUUCAUGCGCCACGUCAACAUCCUCAAAGGUGGCAAGACUGAGCGUCGCGCUUCGAUCGCUUCGGAUCCGACUCGUGGUCGCCGCUCCUCGAUUGUCGUGCCGGAGACCAGCAAGAAGACCGACUGGGCCGUCUGGAUCUUCUCCGUCACACUCUUCUGGGUCGUUGUCUGGAUCUUGGCCAACUCCAUUCCCGUCUUCAACAGUUUGCUCAACAUUUCUUCGUCGCUAUUACUCUCGUGGUUUACGUGGGGUAUCACCGUGUUGUUCUGGUUCCACCUCAACUGGAACGGCAAGUGGCGUAGCUCUGGAAAGAAACUUGCUACUGCGGUGUUCAAUGGUUUCAUCAUGAUUCUGGUCUUCUUCAUGAUGGUCCCGGGGAUGUACGCGAGUAUCGAUGCGCUGUUGGCGGUGUUUGCGGAUCCGAAUCAGCAGCGCGUAUCGAUCUGUGGUGAGGAGCUUCGAUCGUUCCUUGUCUCAUGGACUUAUCGCAGGACUCUCCGCCGUACCCACGCAUUGGCGCAACCUCUUUAUCGCGUCUUCUUUCUGCGCACGGAAUUCGCCCUCAGGGUCUUCGCAAACGUCAAUCUCCACCUCAACGUCCCGUAUAUCUUCACGUCGAGCCUCAUCUCCAAGCGCCCGAUGAUCGAGCCUUGUCGCCUCCUCGACCUCUUCCCUUACUUGAAUCUGUGCAGAUGA